AAAAGAAACAUGGCGUCAAGUGAAGUAAGCAUGGCUGUCCCUGAGAUACCAAAACCGAAUAUAUCGAGUAUAAAGAACAAACAACUGCGGAACGCUGCCUACAGAAAAUUGAAGAUUGAAAAGCGAAAGGAAAAGAUGAAAGACAAGAAGAAAAAGAAGAAAGAAGCUGAAGCUUUAGGGGACCAGGCUCCACCGAAGCAGGUUCCUAAGACAAUAGAGAGCAUGCGAGUCCAUGAUGAGACUAUGGUGAAUGCACAGGAUGAAGAGGUGAUGAAGGAUGAAGCCCAAGAUGAGAUGUCUACCUAUUUCAGACGAGAGAGUACACCAAAAAUACUCAUAACUACUAGUGACAGACCUUGUUCUAGAACUAAUAAGUUUUGUAAGGAGUUGAAGAAAUGUUUCCCAAACUCUGAGAUUUAUUAUCGUCGAGGACUUGACCUGAAGAAGAUCAUCCCACAAGCCUUGUCCAAAGAUUUCACUGAUCUUAUGGUUAUCAAUGAGAACCAUAAACAACCCAAUGGUCUGGUUCUAACACAUCUACCUGAUGGACCAACAUCUCACUUUAAAAUGAGCAAUGUCAAGCUAGCAACAGAAAUCAAGAGGGUUGGAGAAAUGACCGGACAUCAGCCAGAGGUCAUUCUAAACAACUUUAAUACAAGGCUUGGACACAGUGUUGGACGCAUGUUUGCCUCCUUAUUUCCUCAUGAUCCACAGUUCAAUGGCCGUAGAGUAGUCACCUUUCAUAACCAACGAGACUUCAUUUUCUUCAGGCACCACAGGUAUGUAUUUAGGAAUGCCAAGAAGGCGGGACUUCAAGAACUAGGACCAAGAUUUACACUAAAAUUACGAUCAUUACAAAAAGGCACUUUUGACUCCAAGUAUGGAGAAUAUGAAUGGAUUCACAAGCGCCAUGAAAUGGACACAAGUAGGAGGAAGUUCUUCUUAUAGCACAGAGAAGCCCGAACUCCAACUGGUCUGCUUAACAUGCUACAACUAAUAAACCAAAUGCUGAUUCUGGGUCUUGUCCUGAACCUUUGACACCUGAAACUCUGACUGUUACCACCUGAAGAGCCUCUGUUAAAUGUGUACAUAGACACAGCCCUGGUCAUUGUUUCUGUGAGGGUAGGAAAGGGGUAUAACAACAGUUAUGGUGUUAACUGUGGUCAUGGACAUAACAUUAUGAACGCUGCUGGUCAGCAUUGAUAAAAAACUGGUCACUCAAGCAAUUGGAUUGGGGAUCAUGAUGAGGAAAAUUCCUCUAUCCAAAAACACCCUACCCACAGAAAGAUAUAUGUAUGUACCAUGUAUACAGCUUAUACAUACAAAUAGAUGGGGAAUCCUCUGUGACAAAACACAACAUGGUAUACUGUUCUUUUUUAUCUCUCGUACACGUACCUUAAACUAGAUGAAUUGUAGAAUUUGUGGAAAUCCAGAGACCGAAAUACAAUUCUAUUCCUUAUGCAUUGGGGGAGUCAAAUUGACAACAGAAAACAGCAGCCAUUGAUCAUGAUUCAGGUACACAGGUGUGUACAGAGACAUAUUCUUUUGUUGGCGAUAAUAUUAAAUAAACUACAUUUCAAAUGAUCCAUUGUAUGUGACAACAAUUCAGGAAAGUGAAAUAGUUUCCUAUAAUAUUAUGUUUGACUGUUGUGACGGAGAUUGUGCAUGUGUUAUUAUUGUAACUUCAAUAAUAAAAUAUUGUUUUAUUUCAAGUAAA